UGGCGAGCUUUGUUUGGUUUUUAAUAGCGAAAGUUUGCAAAAUGACAGGAAAUCUACCAAAACGAUUUUUAAAUACGAUUUUUAGUUUGUUUAUAAUUUUUUAUAUAUUUGUCAUACAAUAGUUAAUUAAAUUAUUAUUUUCUAGAAAUUACAAUAUAUUUUUUCAUUUCACAUCUCAAACAAGAAUAAUACAGAAAUAAUUUAUUAAAAACUAACAAACACAACAGAAUUGAUGAGUAGAGAUUAGAGCAUAUAUAUAUUUAUUAGUUUCAACGUACAAUCAACAAAAUGGCUGCCAGGAGUAUGAGGCCAGAAAUGAAAAAGAUCGAACUCACUAAACUCUGGAACCACCAAGAGCCUGAUACUUUGCAAAACAUCUGUCUGGAAUAUGUCGUCAAAAACUUUGCUCAGCUCAUCAUGAAAGAAAGUCAAACUCCGAAUGGAACAGUCACACUAGAAGCCCGACCAGAAAUUCAUUUUCCAGUUGCAAUCUCUGACAUGCUACAUCACAAGAGUAUAGAAAUGUGCCAGCCUAUUGAUUUAGAUUUGUUUUUGCAGUGCUACAAAGAUCCCAUGAGGUUUCCAAUCAAGAAGUUGAACCUCUUACAGUACCCCACUCUCACAUCUCUCGAGCUCUUUGCAUUGCUAUCGACUCAAAAAGUACUGCAACUAGAUAUUAGCUCCAAAAGAUUGACUCUCGAUUUAACGGACAUCAUAAAUAACUUCUCUAAACAUCUUCUGCAUUUGCAUUUCAGCAAAAGUCUUCAAUAUAUCUUUGACCAUAAGAGCAAAUCAGUGAGUACACUGGACUGUCCACAGCUGCUGUCACUAACAAUUCCAUCUCUGUACAACCCCCGCACGCCAGAUGUCCUUCACUUCAAUUUCGACCUCUGCUUCAAAUCACUGGUUGUCCUUGACCUGUCUUAUUGUAAACUUAUAAAGGGGCUGGAAGGAAUCUUAAGAAAGUUCGAAAGACUGCAGGUUCUCUCCCUUCAUGAUGCGCUGAGAAACUCGAAAGAUGAAUUUCCUGAGAUCAUGGAGGCUGUUGGAACACUAACUCACCUCAGUGUUUUGGACAUUGGAGCUAGCAAGGAAGCCCAGCAAUCUAGUCAGCAUUUAUUCUUCGAAUGUGAUGUCAAUCAUGUCAUGAAGAAGCUGCUAGAUCAACUACCAUCUCUCGAAAGAUUGGAGCUGUGUGGUACAAAUCUGGCUGGUGAGAGGCUGCACAACAUUCCGCUAUCAGCCAGAAUGAGAUGUCAAAUUGAUCAACCAGCCAUUGAAUGGUUGACAGACAGGCGGUUAAAGUAUUUGGGACUGUUCAACUGUAUCGACGAUCCGUGCUUCCGUAGUGAUAUCCCUGCCGAUCAGGUGAGUGGAAAUGCCAACUUGGAUCAGUUGUUAGUUUCGUUGGAGGCCUAUCAUGGUAGGCCGAAAAUUUUGUUGAUGGUGCUUAGUGCCGUCUUUGACGUCGUCGUCCCCAACCAGGUCAAUAUCCCUCUGGAGACGCAGGCCACAAUGUUCCAGCUGAUUCUGAAGGCGAUGGAUACGCACCCACACAGCAAUGAUAUCCAAAUUUCUGGAAGUGCCUCUCUGUUCUACUUGGUAAAAGGUGACCUGAGACCAUAUCUUACAACGAAAAUUAAAAGGCAUGUAGUCAGAACGAUAUUGGAUGCCGUUGAAGAUAAUAUAUCAGUCAUCUCAAAUAUGCCAAGGAAUGGCUGCUUAACACUGAGCCAUCUUGACUUACCAUAUGAUCUUUUGCACGAAUACAGACGUGUCAUUCAAUUGUUACUUGGCAUCAUUCGUCAACCGACCUCCGGUGAAUCCGUCUUAGUGCAGAGGGUUGGCCUGUCACUCAUCAACUCCAUGGCGUGUCAAGUUGACAAUGAAGAGAAGAUGAUGCUUGGCGAACUGGGCUCUUUUGAAAUCAUUUUGGAAUUGAUUGAGAAGAAGCAAGAAGAGAACGUGUGUGAUGAGGUCAUGGAAGUUUCAUGGAGCUUUAUGUGGAAUGCUACAGAUGAAUCCCCAUCCAACUGCCAAAAGUUCAUUGAAAAUAGCGGCCUUGUUAUAUUCAUCAAAUGCCUAGAAAAAUUUCGAGAUAAAGAUGAAUUGUUGCGUAACAUGAUGGGUCUACUGGGGAAUGUUGCAGAGGUUGAUUUCUUGAGGGCAUAUCUGAUCCAGGAGAAGUUCAUAUGCGUCUUCGUUGAUCUGCUGGAUUCCGUCAAGGAUGGAAUCGAAGUAAGUUACAAUGCAUGCGGUGUGCUUGCGAAUAUCAUGUACGAUGGAGCGAGCGUGUGGUGCCUGUCACAUCCUGAUCGGCAGAUGGUGAGGAAGAGGAUGGUGAAAGCGAUCAAGAGGUGGAACAUGCGUGCUGAGAGGAACAUCAACUACAGGUCGUUCGCUCCGAUACUAAAACUACUUGAUUGUCACCACACACCGGAAGUUCAACUGUGGGCCGUCUGGGCCCUCUGCAACCUAACCAAAGUUUACCUAAAAAAGUAUUGCCCCAUCCUGAGGAACGAAAACGGCCUCGACAAGUUGGCCGAACUUUUCCAGAUGUCCAACGUUAAAGAGAUCAAGAAGCUGUCGGCACGCGUGCUCAGGAGAUGCACCAGGUACAUCAUCGACCCGUCCACAGCAAUCGAGGAUGAGGAUGACAACUAUUUCUCGGACAGUGGUGGACGUGGGGACGUCGCGGAUGACGACGACGACUACUACAGUGAUAAGAGCGAUGGAAUGAGAAACGAAGAUGGUGGUGGAGAUGGCGGGGGCCAAGUGGACAUGAACGAAUAACUGUAUAUAGAACAAUAUAUAAACAGUGAUCUGCAAAUGUUGUUUAUAAAAAAAGUUUUUAUUGUUAAUGUUUAUCUAUUUAAUGAGAUUAAAGAACGGCUGCAUGUACUGUACGUACAUGUAUCUGAGGACAAUUUUCGCGCCAGUGUAUUAUAAAAACGCGACAAGUACACUCCAAUCAAAGGCAAACAUGAACAGUCCGUUGGAUCACUCACAAAGCUGAGUUCGUUUAUAAAAAAAAUGACGUUAAAUUCUUUUAAAAAUCAUUCAAUUCUUAUUUGUAUUCUACAGCCUGUACAGCUUGGUGAUUACUGUUAAAUAAAUGUCGCAAAUGUAAAAACUAUUUAUAAAACUUUGAAUACUAAUAAAAACACAAAAAUUCGAUAGGUAUAAAGAUCAAUGACGUUGAACACGCGUGUACAUGCGUAAACGAAAAUGCAAACAUACAUGCAACACACACACACAUAUAUAUAUAUAUAUAUGUGUGUGUGUGUUGAAAGGAUGGAGACAUAUUUUAUACAGUAUUGCAUGAAUUCUAUAUUAUAUAUUAAUAAUACUAUGUACAGUAGGUCGCAUGUCGACAGAAUGAAAUGAAACAAAGCCAAACGACAAAUCGUGAAUUGCAGAUGAAGUGUUCGACUAUUAUUACAUCUUAUCGCUAAUCCUACUUGUUAUUGUACCCGAGAUGGCGGUUGUCAUUAAUAAUUAUGAAACCGGUAGUUAUUAUAAUCAAAGAAAAUCAAAGAAAUCUAUAGUCGUUACAAAUGUCGUGUUGGUAAUUUUAUAACAAAGCUUUAGAAAACAUUCAAUAUUUUCCGUGGAGCAAGACUUAAAAGUUCUGACGUUCAUAUAAUAACAACAACGGUUGUUGACUCUACUGAAGCGUGAUUUGUGUCGGUCGCUUGACGUCAUUCACUCAUCUGUUGGCAAACUGUGUGGUAGGUGUGCUACUAAGGAUUCUUCUCGUUUGCACCCCUCUUUGCUUCGAGAGGAGUGACUGGGGUACGUUAGAGAGGCCCUUCACCAACCUUU